AUGCUACUGAGCGGAGCUCCUCCUCCGGGCUCCGGCCCGGGGCCGCGGGCGCAGGGCAGCGCGGGGGGCGGCCCCGGGGGAUCUCGCCGCGGGGCUGGGGGUGCGGGGGCUGGCCCGGGAGGGGGCGGCAGCGGUGGAGUCGCGAAGUGGCUGCGGGAGCACCUGGGCUUUCGCGGGGGCGGCGGCGGCGGAGGGGGCGCCAAGCCCGCCCCCCCAGAGCCGGACUACCGCCCCCCAGCGCCCUGCCCGGCCGCGCCCCCUGCGCCGCCCCCGGACAUCCUGGCCGCCUACAGGCUGCAGCGUGACCGCGACUUCGAGGACCCCUACUCCGGGGGCUCCUCCGUGUCCGCCGCCCUUUCCACCCCCGCCGCCCCUGGCCCCACUCCGCCCCCGCGCCACGGCUCACCCCCUCACCGCCUCAUUCGGGUCGAGACCCCCGGCCCCCCAGCUCCCCCUCCGGAGGAGCGGAUCUCCGGACCCCAUGCCAGCAGCGACAGGCUGGCAAUCUUAGAAGACUACGCGGACCCCUUUGACGUUCAGGAGACCGGUGAAGGCUCGGCAGGAACCUCAGUAGCUCCAGAGAAGGUCCCCGAAAAUGAUGGCUACAUGGAGCCUUAUGAGGCCCAAAAGAUGAUGGCUGAGAUCCGGGGUUCGAAGGAGACUACAGUCCAGCCCCUACCUCUCUAUGACACACCCUAUGAACCUGAGGAUGAGGGGGUGAGCCCAGAAGGUGAGGGGACUCCCUGGCCCAGGGAAUCCCGCCUGCCCGAGGAUGAUGAGAGGCCUCCAGAAGAGUAUGACCAGCCCUGGGAGUGGAAGAAGGAACGGAUUUCCAAAGCCUUUGCUGUUGACAUAAAGGUCAUCAAAGACCUACCUUGGCCUCCGCCUGUGGGACAGCUGGACAGCAGCCCCUCCCUGCCUGACGGGGACAGGGACAUCUCCGGUCCAGCUUCACCCCUCCCAGAGCCCAGCCUGGAGGACAGCAGCGCCCAGUUUGAAGGAUCGGAGAAGAACUGCCUGUCACCCGGCCGGGAGGAGAAGGGGCGGCUUCCUCCCCGGCUUUCUGCUGGGAACCCCAAGUCAGCCAAGCCCCUGGGCGUGGAACCCAGCAGCCCCCUUGGGGAGUGGACAGAUCCAGCAUUGCCUCUGGAAAACCAGGUCUGGUACCAUGGGGCCAUCAGCCGAACAGACGCCGAGAACCUGCUUCGGCUCUGCAAAGAGGCCAGCUACCUGGUGCGCAACAGUGAGACCAGCAAGAACGACUUCUCUCUCUCCCUCAAGAGCAGUCAGGGUUUCAUGCACAUGAAGCUGUCCCGGACCAAGGAACACAAGUACGUGCUGGGCCAGAACAGCCCACCCUUCAGCAGCGUCCCUGAAAUCGUGCACCACUAUGCCAGCCGCAAGCUGCCCAUAAAGGGGGCGGAACACAUGUCCCUGCUCUACCCUGUGGCCAUCCGGACUCUGUAGAUGUGAGACCAGGGCGCUACGAGAGACCUGGACCCAGCCUUUGUCACCUGCCCG